AUGUCAGAGGAAGCAGAAUUUGCACAUGCAAGAACUGGAGUUAAUCAAAAUGGUAUCUCUGAGGUAGUAAGGAGGCGCUACAAAGGGCUGCUCCUCCAAAAGAGAGAUGAUACAGUUUCUGCAGUUUGUCUACAGGAUCAUAUAAUACACACUCAUCAGCUCCAGGAUUUUUCUUUAGCAGAACAUUUUAAGUCAAGGAUAAGAGAUACCAAGAACAUUUACAAACCUGUGAACAAAGAAAUGGGCAGAAGAAUAGUGGGUACUGGACUAAGAAAAAAGAGCACUGACCACAAAACCAAGGCAGAUGCAGAAAAGGAGUAUCUUCUUGAUCCCAGUACUCCACAGCUAAAGUUAGAAUGCUUUAAAGUCAGGUUUAGUUCUUGGGGUUAUUUUUCUCCUUUGAAAGAACAGGUGCUGCAUUCAUGUUCCCAUGUACUCCAUAAAGCAUGCCUGAAAACCUUUGGAAAAUUUACAGGCAAAAAUUGUUCUAUGUGUAGAAAAGAGCAGUAUCAGACCAAAGUGAUACAUGAUGUGGCAUUUUUGCUCGAGUUUCCUCCUCUUGAGCAAAAUUUCAUCUUAGGGAAUUCAAGCUUUCUGGAGGGAUAUAUUGUUAGAAAACUGUAGAAAGACUUGAGAGAAACAGUGCCUCCUAAGGAUAGUGUAUUAAGAAAGCAAUUAUUUGAGAAAAUGUUAUGUUGCAUUCGCUUCUUUGGUCUGCUUCUUUUGUGUGAUUCACCUUCCUUAAAUCAGAACUCCUAA